AUGGAAGCCAUUGAAUACUUCCACGUGAAUGGUGUUUUCGAGAGAAGUAUCAAUGCUUCUUUUAUUUCCAUUGUGCAUAAGAAAGAAAGUGCAUCUUGUAUCAGAUACUACAGGCCUAUUAGUCUCGUGGGGAGCAUUUACAAGAUUAUUUCUAAAGUGCUAUCCAAUAGACUCAAGAAGGUUCUUGACGUGUCUAUUUCGUCCUCCCAGAAUGCGUUUGUGGAAGGUAGGCAGAUCCUGGACGCUGCUUUGGUGGCAAAUGAACUUGUAGACUCCAGAAGGAAAAAUAGAGAAGCCGACUUAUUAUGCAAGUUGGACCUUGAGAAGGCUUUCGACCACAUCAAUUGGGAGUUCCUGGAUUUCAUUAUGAUAUGGAUGGGGUUUGGGGUAAGAUGGAGGGGAUGGAUCAAGUUCUACAUUUUCUCAGUCAGAUUCUCUGUCGUGAUUAAUGGUAGCCUAUGUGGUUUCUUUGGCAGCUCCAGGGGUUUCAGGCAAGUUGACCUACCUGAAGCAGGUCCUGCAGUGGUUUCAGAUAGUAUGAGGACUCAAAAUCAACCUCGAUGUAAGGUGGACUUUCUUCCCACUACUUACCUGGGUUUCCCAUUGGGCGCUUCGCAUAAGGAUACUAUGGCUUGGAAUUCAGUGAUCGAAAGGGUUGAAAAAAGAUUAGCACGCUGGCAGAAACGGUACUUGUCAAAAGGUGAUAAGGAAGUGCUUAUUAAAAGCACCUUAUCGAGUAUGUCUACCUAUUACUUGUCCAUGUUGCAAGCUCCUGUGAGCAUCAUAGAAAAACUGGAGCGGUUUCAAAGGAAUUUUCUUUGGGAUGCGGCGGAUGGAACUAGAAAGUUUUAUCUAGUGAAUUGGCAGACAAUCACUUCCCCAAAGAGGUGGGGUGGACUUGGAGUAAAAGAUCUUAGGGUAUUCAACAGAGCUUUGUUGGGGAAGUGGCUGUGGAGAUUCGGGGUAGAAUGCUCUGUGGAGGGAGCAUCAUGA